CGCAAAUAAAUAGAUACCUUCCAAGUUUCAUGCGUCCAAGCCCUUUGAAUCAGCAAACACAACAUCGCAUUUACCAUGACUUCACAGAAGGUUGCCGGCAACGCUAAGAUAGCUAUUGCCAGCAGGGAUCGAUCCGUCCAGCUCUGCACUGGACUCUUCAUCAACAACGAGUUUGUCGAAGGACAUGGCGAGACUAUCGUUUCUAUCAAUCCAGCCGAUCAAUCCACCCUAGCAGCUGUGCAUUCGGCCUCAGUGGAAGAUAUAGAUCAAGCUGUCAAAGCCGCCAGACAUGCGGCCAACACAACUUGGGGAACAAAUACGCCAGCUACGGAGCGUGCGGCUCUGAUGAACAAAUUAGCAGAUAUCAUGGAAGCUCGUCUAGAAGAACUCGCAAUCUUGGAAACCCUGGAUUCUGGGAAAGGCAUCACCUGGGCCCGUGGGGACAUCACCGAGAGCAUUAGUGCUUUCAGGUAUUAUGCUGGUCUAGCGUUUUCUGGAACUGACGGACAGGUCUUGGAGGGCUCUGAUGCCACGGGAAUCGCGUUUACUCGUCAAGAGCCUUUGGGAGUGGUUGCUCAAAUUGUUCCUUGGAAUUAUCCCAUCAUGAUGAUGGCGUGGAAAGUUGCCCCAGCUCUCGCGGCAGGUUGCGCGAUCGUAUUCAAGCCGGCCGAACUGACGCCCCUCGCCACGCUUCUGUUUUGUGAAAUGGUCCGUGACGCAGGUUAUCCUGCCGGGGCUUUUAACUGCGUGAAUUCGUAUGGACCCGUCGGUGGCCAUGCCCUCGCUUGCCACAUGGAUGUCGAUAAGAUUGCUUUCACCGGCAGCACCAAUGUUGGCAAACAAAUCGCUGUUCAAGGAGCUAGCAGUAACUUGAAGAAAGUCGGGCUAGAAUUGGGUGGUAAAAGUCCGAAUAUCGUCCUUCCAUCUGCCAAUAUAGAGCAAACUGCAGCAUGGUGCUGUUUAGGUAUCUUUGAAAACAUGGGACAAUCAUGCACAGCCGCUUCAAGAAUUUUGGUACACUCGUCAAUCUACGAGCAGUUCUUAUCAGCAUUCAUCAAGAAAGCUUCCAGUCACAAGGUUGGAGAUCCAUUUGAUCCAGAAACCUACUCCGGGCCUCAAAUCUCGAAAGCUCAUGUCGACCGAAUCGACGGUUAUGUCAAGAGCGGAGUCUCCGAAGGGGCCAAGAUUGUCCUGGGAGGAAACAAGGUAGACAAAGUCAAGAAGUUCAACUCGGAAGGCCAAUGGUUGGAGGGCGGAAACUUCUAUGAACCAACGAUUUUCGUUGACGCUCAACCAUGGAUGAAAAUCGUGAAGGAAGAAAUUUUUGGUCCCGUCGCCAUUGUGAUGAAAUUCGAGACGGUCGAAGAGGCGAUCAGAAUGGCCAAUGACACGGAAUAUGGUCUAGCCGCUGGUGUCCACACUGAGAAGCAAGAUGAAGUGGUCAGGGUUGGAGCGAAAUUGAAAGCAGGGACAGUCUGGAUAAACUCGUACGCAUUCUGUCCAGCUAACGUGCCUUUCGGUGGAUACAAAUCCAGUGGUUGGGGGCGUGAAUUAGGCAAAAAGGGCCUCGAAGAAUACACUAUCACCAAGAGUUAUCAAUGGAAUUACGCCCAGAAGCUCAGUUGGCCAUUCGAUCUCGAUGGGAUCUCCAAGCUGUAGAAAAGCAUUCGAGCUUUUCACGACUGGAUGUUCCGACACUUUGCAACACGACAACACAUUAUAUUCUUGCCUAAAAUUUCCAACUCAAAUCCCGAAUACCAAAAACAAAAAACAAAAAACACGAACUGAGAUGGACGGUGAACGUUGGCAGACUCGACAGGGGUGCUACAUUUGACUCUUGUUCCUAAUUUGUCCAUAACAGCCCAUCUUUUUUUUUCUUCUUCUUCUUGUUGCACUUCUCUCAGCCCUUGCUCUCACAUGAUAUAGCACAUGACGCAUUUUUUUGCAUACGAUAAAGAGAGAUUGAAUGAUCUGAAUAUGUAUCCAAUUCCAAUAUUGAUUCCCCAUCCAUCCUCAUAACCUCUUGUCAUUGAUGAUCUUACCCUGUUUCCAGACAUUUGUAUCGCUCGAAUUAAAAAGAUGUCUCCGCCCGAAGUAAGCAAUUUACCUAUGACCUUGAUAUGUUAAAUCACCCUUACCUGCGACUGUAACGAGGGCUACAUGAUAGUCUCCAACCUAAAA